AUGGAAUAUCUUGAACAAUUUACAGUGAUUGAUAAAAAUAGAGAUGGAAUCAUUUCAAGAAGGGAUUUAUUUAAAUAUGCAUUAAGUAUUGGUGAAGAUUUGUCGAUGGUUGAUAGAUGGUUAAGACUUUUCGAUACAAAUGAUAAAGGCAUAAUCACAAUUGAAGAUGUCAGUCGUACUCUGGGUGUACCACCUCCGAAAUUUUAUGAUGAAAGAUAUAAUCGACGACUUAAUGGAAAAUUUGAAUCAUCCAGUGAUGUUUUUCAUCAAGCUGCAGCAAAAUUUCGUUCAACUGAAGAUAUUACACGUUAUUCACAAUCAUCAUUAACAUCUACAGAAAAUUUAUCAAUGUAUAAACGUAGUUAUUCUAGUGAUAAUGUACCAUCAGAUUAUCAUAGAUCAAAAGUUGAUAAUUCAUGGCAACUAAAUGAUGAACCAUUACUUAUAGAAUAUUCAUAUGAAAAAAUUAAAGAGAAAUUAAAUCAAUUAAUUGAAAUAGCUAUUAAAAAACAAAUUGAUAUUCAAACAAUACCACAAUUUAUAGCAAUAGCAUUAGAAAAAGAAUAUGGUCGUAAUUGGCAUGUAAUUGUUGGUCCAUAUAAAGCUGGUUGUGCUGUAACACAUUUAAUUGGACGAUUCUCUAAUGCUCAAUAUGCAUCAUAUCAUGUGAUUGCAUUUCAAACAUUGGACUUGUAAAGUGUUCACCUUCUUUCUUUCUUUCUUUCUUUCAUUUGUUAUUGUUACUACCUUUUAUAACUUACAAUUUACUUGUUCAUUAUAUUUUAUUGGUAAUAUAGAACUUGUGUACCUACCACUAGUAUGCUUUCUUUAUUAUUUAUAUUGCAAUAUGACAAAUUAGCUAAUGUUAUGUAUGGAUUAUAUAUUCUUUCGAAUAACACUAAACUUUGAAUGCUAGCAUAGAGAACUAUGGAAAACUGUUGUACAAGUGUUGAAAUAAAUAAUGAAAAAAAAAAUGAUAAAGG